UCAUCUGAAGACUCAAUCUGGAGGACUACUGAAACUGAAUGUGGACCUUUCCCACUUUCUUCCACUGGAUUUUUUAAUUCCUACAAGUGCAGCAAUCCCGUUUGCUACAGCUGCCUAAGUGCGGUGGGUUUCAUUAAUGGUUCAGAACAAAGUGUAGCCCCCCUCUUCCUGUGCACUAUGAGUGUGUGUGCCUGCAGCGCUUCAUACCUGCGGAGGUUGCUGCUGAGGACUCUGUUGUUCUUGGCUGCUGUGCUGCCAACGAGCGGCGACUGCCCCAAAUCAUGCGCCUGUUAUGUUCCCACCGAAGUGCACUGCACCUUCAGAUACCUGACCGCAAUACCUGACCACAUCCAGCCAGCUGUGGAAAGAAUUAACCUCGGGUACAACAGCAUAACUGUCUUGGGAGAAAACGAUCUUUCAGGACUUGAGAACUUGGAGCUAUUGAUGCUGCAUAGCAAUACUAUCCACAGUAUUGAAGACAGAGCAUUCCAAGACCUCAAGUCGUUACAGGUUCUGAAGAUGUCCUAUAAUAAAGUAAAGGAAAUCAACAAAGAGACAUUCAAAGGCCUGGACAGUCUGCUGAGACUCCACAUGGACCACAACAACAUUGAGUUCAUCAGCCCGGAGGCUUUCUAUGGCCUGACCAAUCUACAGUUGGUCCAUCUGGAGGGUAAUCAUCUCCAGCAGCUCCACCCAGACACAUUCAUUACACUGAGACACAGCCAGGUGUUCAAGGUUUCCUCAGUGAGAAACAUCCACCUGUCAGACAACCUCCUCACCAGCUUGCCUGCAGAUAUUUUCUCAGGCUGCAGCCAGUUGGAAAACCUCUUCCUGCAUGGUAACCCCUGGACUUGUGAUUGCCGUAUGAACUGGUUCCCAGUGUGGGCACAGAGAAACGCAGGUGUGCUGAAAUGCAAGCGAGACAGGAGAUAUCCAAGAGGCCAGCUGUGUCCUGUUUGUGAAAAUCCUACCUUUUACCAUGACAGACCCCUGUCCCUUCUCCCUAGUGACUCCUUCACUUGUUCCAAACCCUGGAUCCAUCCCCAUCUAAAGAAGAAAAACAUCAGCCUGGACGAGGGGGACUUCACUCCAGUUUCCCCCAAGGACUUUAUCGCCCCAUUAGGCUCUAUGCAAAUGAACCUGGCUGACCAGUUUCACAAUGAUGCCAGCCUAUCCUGCACUGUCCAGAGGCCAUAUGCUGUUGAGAACCUCACACUAACAUUGGAGGAGGAGGGAGGAAAUAACAUCACUGUGCUUACAGCUGGCAUAACUACAUAUUUGGUCUGUAACAUUGACUAUGAACACAUCCAGCGGUUGUGGCAGAUCCUGGCCACCUACAGUGACUUUCCAAUGAGACUGGAGAGAGGCUUAAUGCUGGCCAGAAGCCCAGAAAUGGUGUACAGGUACAGUCAGGAACCAAAGGAGGGAGAGGAGUUGGUUCACACAAACAUUGAGGGUGAAAUUAAAGCCUCUCCUGCAUGGUUGAUGCAGGGGGAGAUUAACUUCCAGCUUGACCGCACUUCUACCACUUCCUCUACUCUGCACAUUAAGUACCAGUCUGUGGUCAACCUACGUAUGGAAAACACAUCCCCUAAGAAGGACCGCUAUUCCUGGACCAUGAUAAAGCGAGACAACAAAACCAAGACUGAGCACACAGUACUUACAGGUGGUGUGGCACAGUUAAGCUGUCAAAUCCAGGGUGAGCCAAAGCCUUUGUUGGAGUGGAUUUUACCAGAUGGAAGUAAGGUCAGAGCGCCCUACACCAGUGAGGACAGGAGGAUCAUAAUCACUGCUGAAGGGAAGCUCACUCUGCGGGGUGCAGAUGCCUCCGACACAGGCCUCUACCGAUGCAUUGCCACAAACUACCUGGAUGCAGAUAUUCUCACCUUUCGAGUGACAGUUCUGUCCCCUGAUGUGGAAGAAUUUGAUGUCAAUGGUGUCCAACUCUCACAGCCACUGGGUAAAAAUCUGUUAUUUGAGUGUGGUUCUUCAGGAAGUCCUAAGGCCUCGGUACAGUGGAUCCUCCCUGACCACUCAAUACUCGACAAGUCUCAUGGAAACAGAAAGUUGUAUGAGAAUGGAUCCCUACUGAUUGAGGGUCUCACUGCGAGGGACCGAGGAUUUUAUAGGUGUUUGGUUGCUAAUCACCUGGGAGUUGACCUGCUGGUGUCUCAGGUGACAGUAACUGGAGAAAGGACAGUCUUUGACAAUGAGGGCUCCGGGAUAGAAAUGGAGGUCAAGAUGGACCCCACUGUGACUGACAACACAGUCACCCUCAGUGAGACCCCGUCUUCCAGUUCCUUUGACGGAACUAGUCAGGAAUCCAGGACCGUCACCUCAGAUCGACCGUACCCCAGACUGAGGUUACGGGGCAAAGGAGGCCUAGGGGGUAGAUUGGGACAGAGAAGGAGGGGUCCAGUCAGCAACAGACGCAUGUGGAGCAGUAGGGUCUUUGAUAAAGCACACAGGAAAGUGGACCCAGAGAAAUUUGCUGAAUUUAUGAAAAAGGCUCAAGAUGGAUCAAGAAUAAAGACAGAGAGAGAGAAGGUAAAAGAUGUAGAGUCACAUACUGUUUUUUCUGGUGAUGGUGAAAUUGGCUCUGGUGAGGGUCAUAGUAAAAACCAUCUCAACAUUCUACCAAGUAUAGUCAAGCCAACUACAGAUAACCCAGAAGAAGGUAGAAUAUUUGGGCAGGAGAACAGGCAGUCUGAAACAACCGAACAGACCAGUCAGGGUAGUAUCGUAGCAACAACAGGGACACAUCAGACAGUAACAGAAAAUACAAACACAUUAACAACAGAGUCAUAUAUGCAGUCUGAUGCUACACCAAUCAGGUCCACAUUCAUGCACAAUCCAACAGAAAGGAGUGAAAGUCAAAGAGAUGCAUUCACACCAUAUGACACAAUUUCACACAACACAGGCAUUUCUAGUUUUGAUGAGACUACAGAGUUUUAUGCCCUGGAAAGAACUACUAAGCCAGUCACUCUCCAAGUCACUGUGACAGACACUUCACAAGAAACUCAGCUCCUCUUUUCAGGAGAACAACCUGCAGAACCAGAGACAUCCACUGGGGCGGCACUCUCAUUUACCACAGACCCUUAUGUCACUCCAAUGAGGGAUGGACCAGGCCCAGGGGAGAUAGUCAUCCACACAGAUCCAGAAAGCCAGACUACAUUCACAGCCGUCACCACUACAAAGAGACAGCAAGAUGAGAUCACAUUCCACACUACCCAAACAAUCAAAUCCCCACGCCUUUCUGCUGGAUCCACCAUCAUCUCCCGGCAGCAGAUCCAUAUCAUCCCAAACAAGAAUGGCAGAAGAGGGGGCCGCAGGAGGACCUUCCAAGGCCGCAGGAGGAUCAUCAAACCCAACAGGAUUACUGACAUACAGUCCUUCAUCAAUAAAUUUAAACAGCCAUCAGUGCACAAGGGUCAAGUGACGCAAGGGAAUGCCACGGUGCCAUAUAGAAUUGAACUGACCACAGACUGUGACUGUAAUGAAGACAAAAAGAAGACAGAAACCACUGAUCUGCAGGUGGUCACACCAACAGCUUCUUCUAGUUCAUCUUUACACAGAACAGAGAGACCUGCCUCUACACAAAAUACUCCAGCUUCACCCACAAACUAUUUUAUUGCUUCAAAUGCCCCCUUCACACAUACAGAGUCCAGGCCAGAUGUUUCCAAUGGCUACAUAACUUCUGCUGAUGCCCCUGAGUUUGACCCUACAAUUGAUCCAUUUUUGACCACAAACAAAGAACUGUCAAUCUCCACCACAACCACUACUACAACCACCUCUAAAGUUAUUCGUGGGAGAAUUCCAUGGAACAGGCUGUUUGGAGGCAGACAAAGGGAAGAGAUACUGGGCAGGUUAAGGAAGCCAUUUAUCAACCCCAAAACCUCAACUACAGCUGAAACUACAACAAUGACCUCAACUACAGCCCCUGGUGCUAUGCCCACCACCAUUACAAACUCCCUGGCUGAACCUGAGACUUUGUCCCCAUCCAGACACACAGAGAGCAAAGAGAGCUCAUUAGAUGAUGACUAUGGAAAUUUAUUCUCUGCAGAGUUUGAGCUAACAACAGUGGGACCCAGCAUUCAACAUCUAACUACUACUAACCCAUCAUAUUACUCUAGGUCCUCCACCACUGCUGAAACACCACCUGAGUCACAGACUCUACCCUCCCCACCUACUGUCAAACCACCUUUAAUGGAAAAUCCUGAUGAAGCGUUAUCAUCAGGGUCUGGUGGACAAGAUCGGGUUUGGUGGACAAGAGGACGACAAGGACGGAGAAGGAGGCCCUUUAGGGGAAGGAGACCCUUAAAGAAACCUACAAUCUCUAAAUUAUAUCCUACUACCACAACUGAGGCUUUAACCACAGAGGUAACAAAUACUGACAUUACCAUGGAAACUUCAGUGGAGACAACUAUAGGACCUCGACAGACUGUUUCAGUCUCCAAGCCCCUGUACACGCCAUCCAGGACAGCAGACAGAACCACGGUAACUGUUUCAGCUGAGGAAACAUCAGAGCGGGAGACAUACUCAUACGAGGAAGUUGACUGGAACAGGUUCACAUCUAGCAGUACACCAGUCUAUACUACAACCAACACACCUUUUAUCCCUUCCACCACAUUCAUGCCAACUACCUCAAAACGGCCAUACACAACAGCUCAGAACAGAGUCCACAGCUAUAUCAGACCACCAACACAGAAGAACAAUGGUCCCACCACUCAUAUGACACCAAUGAGUGGAAUCAAACCUACUGUGCAAAGCAGUGCUGCCAGAGGAAGUGCAGAUAAAGGCCUAAACUUUGACACAAUGACCAUAUUUACAGCAGAGCAAGGAUACACCAAUACCCCAGCCCCAUACAAUAACAAGGAUAUACACAAUGCCAUCACCAGUGUUUAUAAUCAUGCCACAGGCUAUGAAACUACCGGGGCCAAUAUUGCUGGCUUUCAACCCACGACAAUGGUCAUGACAAGCAAACCUAAGAUAGUUGGUGGCAAUGCAGCAAGCUUUACCGUUUUGGCUGACUCAGAUGCUUUCCUGCCAUGUGAGGCUGUUGGAAACCCUCAGCCAACUAUAACCUGGAAACGCUUCUCCUCAAGCACAGGAAGCACUGAUACCAUUAAAGGGAGGAUGGGCAAGUUUGAGGUGUUGAGUAAUGGCACGCUGUCCAUCCAGAAUGCCAACAUUAAGGACCGUGGCCAGUACCUCUGUCUAGCUGAGAAUGAUCAUGGAUCAGAUAAACUUGUUGUCACCCUCUCUGUGGUGGCCUAUCCGUCACGCAUUCUUGAGCCAAAAAUACGUGAGAUAAAGUCUCAUGCAGGAAACACUGUGGAGAUGAAAUGUAAAGCAGAGGGUCGGCCCACACCUUUGAUAUCCUGGAUUCUGGCAAACCGGACUCAAGUCAGGGGCCCAAACUCAGAGAAGGAAAGGGUAUCAGUGACUGCUGAGGGGACUCUGGUCAUUGAGCAGGUGUCUGUUUAUGACAGAGGUCAUUACAAAUGCAUUGCCAGUAAUCCAGCUGGAGCUGAUACUGCUACAGUCCGACUACAGGUGGUGGCAGCUCCACCAGGCAUCAUGGAGGAAAAACGGCAGCAGGCGAAAGCUGGCGUAAGGCAAAACUUAUGGCUGCCCUGCACCGGCCAAGGCAGCCCUCAGCCUACUAUUCACUGGGUGCUCUAUGAUGGGUCAGUGGUCCGUUCCAACAGACCUGCCAGGGGCACAAGGAUAUCAGUGUAUGAGAAUGGAACCCUCCACAUAAAGGAUGUGACUAUAGCAGACAGCGGGAAAUAUGAAUGCAUUGCUACCAGCUCUACUGGUUCAGAGCGAAGGGUGGUGACUCUGACAGUAGAGAGACAAGAAUCUGCACCUCAAAUAGUGGAGACAUCCCAGCGCGUGACCGAGUUAUUCUUUGGGGACCAGCUGACACUGAAUUGUUCAGCUACAGGAGACCCUAAACCCAUAAUUAUCUGGAGGCUGCCCUCUAAAGCUGUGGUGGACCAGUGGCACAGGAUGGGCAGCAGAAUCCAGGUCUUGGAUAAUGGUACAUUAAUUAUUAACACUGUGAUUGAUAAAGAUGCUGGAGACUAUCUCUGUGUGGCACGAAAUAAGAUUGGUGAUGACCUCCAACUCAUGAGGGUCAGGGUAUCAAUGAAGCCAGCCAAGAUAGAGCCUAAGCUCUAUGGCAAAAAGCAGGUGCCCUAUGGUAAUGACUUGAAGGUUGACUGUAAAGCCUCUGGGGCUCCAAAGCCAGAGAUCUCCUGGGGUCUUCCAGACGGUACAGUGGUCAACAGUGCUCUGCAGGCUGAUGCCAGCAGUGGACAAGGACGAGCACGGCGCUACACUCUGUUUGACAAUGGAACGCUCUACCUAAACCAGGUUGGUAUGUCAGAGGAAGGGGACUACACCUGCUAUGCUGAGAACCAAGUGGGAAAAGAUGAAAUGCAUGUGCAUAUCACUGUGGUGACUGCUGCCCCAAGGAUACGUCCACACAGCCAGACCUAUGCCAUGGUGAAGCCUGGAGGGAACAUUCGCUUUGACUGCGAAGCAGUUGGAGAACCCAAACCCAAGAUCCUGUGGAUGUUGCCCACCAACGACGUAAUUGCAGCAUCUAAUGAACGCUACCUAAUGCAUGUCAAUGGCUCUUUGGAUAUCAGGGAUGUGAAGCUAAUCGAUGCUGGGGAGUAUGUUUGUUUGGCUCGCAACCCUGCUGGAGAAAACAGAAAAGUCUACAAGCUUUAUAUAGAUGGGAAUCCACCAGUAAUCAAUGGCUACCAGCAGAACCGGACUGUAAUCAAAGAUGUCGCCCCUAAAUUCUCCAGGAAAUUUAUAGACUGUAAAGCAGAGGGCAACCCAGCUCCUAUUAUUACUUGGAUAAUGCCUGAUAACAUCUUUCUGACAGCACCAUACUUUGGCAGUAGGAUUAACGUCCACCAUAAUGGGACAUUAGAAAUACGGAACGUGCGCCCAACCGAUACGGCUGAAUUCAUUUGCAUGGCUAGGAAUGAUGGAGGAGAGGCAGUAAUGGUGGUGCAGCUAGAGGUGACCAGUAUGCUCCGAAGGCCGAUCUUUAAGAACCCCUUCAAUGAACGUAUUGUGUCUCGGAUUGGGAAAACCACAGUUCUGAACUGUUCUGCUGAUGGACAGCCAAUGCCAGAAAUCACCUGGACGCUGCCUAAUGGAACACGAUUUACUGGUGGUCCUGAAGGUGUCUCCCGCCACCACCUAGGCAACGAUGGGACUUUAAUCAUCUACAACCCUCGCCAAGAAGAUGCUGGGAAGUACCGCUGUGGUGCCAAGAACGUUAUGGGUUACAUAGAGAAGCUAAUAGUUCUGGACGUUGGGCAGAAGCCUUACAUCCUGACAAGGCCGAGGGGCAUCAUACGCAGUGUGUCUGGGGAACCUCUUUUCCUUCACUGUCUAUCUGAUGGGAGUCCCAGACCCAGGAUCUACUGGACCAUACCUGGGGGCCACACCCUUACUCGGCCGCAAGUCCUCGGACGCUACCGUUUGCUAGACAAUGGUACACUGGUUGUUGGGGACACCACUGUCCACGACCAGGGGAAUUACGUCUGCAGGGCUCGGAAUGAUGCUGGUGAAGCUAUGCUCACUGUGCCUGUUGUUGUCCUCGCCUACCCUCCACGGAUCACGACAGGGCCACCUCCCAGUGUGAAGGCAGUGGCUGGGACAUCUGUACAGCUCAACUGUGCCGCCAUUGGGAUCCCCAAGCCAGACAUCACCUGGGAGCUGCCUGAUCAUUCAUUUCUGUCAACAGCAGAACAGGGCAGGCCUAUGGGUAGUGAACAGCUCCACCCUCAGGGCACACUUACUAUCCAGACGCUCACGGCCUCAGACACUGGCUCAUACAAGUGCCUGGCCAAGAAUCACCUGGGUACAGACUCAAAAGUCAUAUAUAUACAUGUACUGUGAGAAAAAGUCAUGACUGGAGGAGGCCAGUGGCAUAUCCGAAUGUAAACAUUAACAGACACACAGUCACUUGUGUCUGCGAGGUAUAGUACAUGCUUUCUCACAUGUAAAAUUGUGAUCACAGCUUGUGGAAUAUUAUUUAAAAAGUGACAAAUGUGGAUUAAAAAAAUUAACAGCACAAGAAGAGAAAGGAAACAGACGUUUUAAAAAGGGGAUUUUUUUUUAAACUGGAAAAUCCAGCCUGGGGCAAGAAAGUUGUUAUUGUAACUUUGUAACUGGGGGUCUGGAAAUUCAUAGGUGGUUCUCAUUUGGGGUGACUCUCAUGGGAGCAAAAGGGCCAGGGCACAGUCAAAUUUAAAGUGAUUUCUCUGACUAGGCACUGCUGGCCACACAUAGGGUUAUUAUUACAGCACACACAGACAGGGAGAAAAAAAUGUGUAACAGAUUGAAAUAAAGAAAAAAAGGCUCCCAGUGGGGUUUUAAUUCCCUUUAGACAUUUGCCAGAAGUUGCUGCUGUCAUUACACGCUGCUUUUUCGUUUAACAGCAAAAGAAAACAACAACUGGCAGAAUAUAUAAUAAAAUAUCUUUCAAGAGCAAUUUUUUGAAUUUCACAGUGGAAGAAAAUAGGUUUAUUCAAAAAAUAUAUGAGGCUUGUUUUACACUGGAUACUUAUCUGCUUGGACAGUACAAUGCUUUCAUAUCAGAAUUUCUUUAUGAUACUUUUCAUAUUUUUAUAACAGUUUAAAGCAGAUUCCUUGAUGUCUAUCACAGUGCAGUUAAUUGGUAAAAACACACUAAAUCUAUUGUGUUGUACACAAGAAUUUACAGUAAUGUUAUACAUUAUGUUAAUCUGUAAUAAUACAGUAUACGUACAGUAUAUCUUUUUUGUAGUAUCUACUUUAUCAAAGUAUGGGAGAAAAAUUAAAAAAGUAAAUGUUUCA